AUGGCUCCCGCGGACGGGAGUGACCAUCUUACUGUCUCUAGUGCUGAUAAGAAAGCAAUCAUCGCCAUUGUAGCCAUCCUUGGCUUGACAUGGUCGGUGAUUUUCUACUUCGUUCGUGGCUUUAUUCGUCUUCGUAUCAGUGGCCCGAUCUCCUGGGACGAUUACCUGGCGACUUUUGCAACAGUGGUUGGCGUCACGCAGACUGGAGUCACUCUCGAUGGUGUGCGGCAUGGACUCGGCCAGUCAUCCUCGGACCUCUCCGCUGGCGACAUUCGCAAAGCGCUUCAGGCUCAUUACGCUUCGUUCAUCCUCUAUAUAGUCACCAUUUGCUCGACUCAAGCCUCGAUGGCACUCUUAAUAACCCGACUCACAAGAACAAAGCACCACUUAAGCAGUAGCAAUGCUGCCACAUUGUUCAUCAUCAUGGCGGGCUUCAUUAACAUCUUCGUCGCUUCCUUUCAGUGUCGCCCUCCCCAUCCAUGGGACACAUCAGAUGUCGAGUGUUGCAAGCAUAUAACCGUUCGAUGGGCUGUUGUCGAGACGAUGAACAUUCUGAUCGAGAUUCUUCUCUUCUCCCUCUCCGUUUUCCUCGUCUGGAGUUUAUAUAUGCCCGUCAAAAUAAAGCUAACGGUCUGCGCUGCAUUUCUAUGCCGCUUGUUAAUCAUCCCUUCCUCAAUUCUUCGUGUCAUCCAUAUCCACGUCGCCUCACUCGGGUCCGAUGCCACGCUGGAUGCGACUUAUCCUGCCGUUCUCACGCAAGUUGGGCUUCAUUACUCGUUAAUUGCCACCACCAUUCCUUGCAUGAAGAAGUUCCUUAAGCAAUUCGAUUCCGGAUUCGGUGCUACCAUGAUGAUGAGCGACGGCUCCUAUGCAGCCAGCCCCACCCGCGACGACCACGCCUUGAGUUCCAUACCAGUGAUGAUACAACAUAAUACUCGAGGAACUCACACCAACGAAACACACACCUCCGUUCUCGAUUCAUAUUAUGAACCCGAAUCGGAAGAACCGCCGCUACUACUCCGACCGGACCAUCUAGAUUAUAUGACUGAUAUGGAGGCGUCAGGCGGUAGGUUCCAGGCAGCGGGGACGAGAUCUGCGGAGUCGCAAUCGAUUCAUACGGAGGUUCUGACAAAGCCAUUAUCAGGAAACCACAAAGAUUCGAAGUCCAGUACAACGACGUGCAAUGACUCCUGA